UAUGGAACAUGACAGGCAAACAGCUUGAUUUACUUAAUAUUUGGUAGAAAAAUUCGUAUGGAAAACAAACAAAAAGAAAACACCACACAUAGGGCAGCAGAGUAACUUUGCCUCCCUUGUACUGAAAUCCCAGGAAGACAAAAUAAAGCAACUCUCUGUUCAUCAGUCUCCAGAUACCAACAAAUUGCUUAUGUUUCUAUAGAAAGAGGAAUAGGUGGUUGUACGAGACACUAUUUCACUAGACUUUAGCGUUUUAGUAGGUAAAACACAUGGUCAAAGGAACCGGUUCUUAAUCCAUAUUCAGAGCUGAAAAAGGAGUUUGUGUUACUUCCUCCUCUUCAAAAUCAAUUUAAACUGUCAAAAUAGCUUCAAAUCGUAAGCUUUCAACUUCGACCCCAAGAAAACCCUCUAAAGAAUAAGACUGAGUUGUUGCCGUAACAUUUAUGUCAAAAGGAAAUUUUUAAUUUGCAAGGAAAAACAAAAGUUUCUCCCUUCAGAGCUCUCUCCAGCAGCAGCACACGGGAUUUAUCGCCUCUCCUUUAACUCAAAUCGCGUGUUUGCCGCAGGAAACUCUCCCGAACGCAAGUACCUGCUCUUCUCCCCCCUCACCGGUGAAACCGGGCGAUUUGGCGGCAGAAAUUCCGAGGAAAAUACACUUUUGUUAGUCCAAAGAAACACAAAUCGAGCACACCGAAGGGCUCCCCGGCCGUGCGGCGGGGCGGGCUCUGCAAGCCACCAAUCACCGCGCGGCUCCGCUCUAAAAAUACGAGCAUCUGACCCGGGCCAGCCCAAUUGUGUUCGCCCGCUCCGCCGAGGAAGCUGCCGCGAUGUCCGAGACCGCUCCCACCGCCGCCCCCGAUGCGCCCGCGCCCGGCGCCAAGGCCGCCGCCAAGAAGCCGAAGAAGGCGGCGAGCGGCUCCAAAGCCCGCAAGCCCGCGGGGCCCAGCGUCACCGAGCUGAUCACCAAGGCCGUGUCCGCCUCCAAGGAGCGCAAGGGGCUCUCGCUCGCCGCGCUCAAGAAGGCGCUGGCCGCCGGCGGCUACGAUGUGGAGAAGAACAACAGCCGCAUCAAGCUGGGGCUCAAGAGCCUCGUCAGCAAGGGCACCCUGGUGCAGACCAAGGGCACCGGCGCCUCCGGCUCUUUCCGGCUCAACAAGAAGCCGGGAGAAGUGAAGGAAAAAGCUCCGAAGAAAAGGGCGCCCGCAGCCAAGCCGAAGAAGCCGGCGGCGAAGAAGCCCGCCAGCGCUGCCAAGAAGCCCAAGAAAGCAGCGGCCGUGAAGAAGAGCCCCAAGAAGGCGAAGAAGCCGGCGGCUACCGCGGCCAAGAAAGCUGCCAAGAGCCCCAAGAAAGCCGCCAAGGCAGGGCGCCCCAAGAAGGCAGCCAAGAGCCCGGCUAAGGCAAAGGCCGUGAAGCCCAAAGCGGCCAAGCCCAAGGCAGCCAAACCCAAAGCGGCCAAGGCAAAGAAGGCAGCGCCCAAAAAGAAGUAAAUUGUACCAGGAGAGUUUUGUUCUACAUAUUUUGUUAUCCAACGGCUCUUUUAAGAGCCACCCACACUUUCCCUAAAGGAGCUGAUGCACCGAGGUCGUCCGUAACCUGCAGCAGGGGUCCAGCAAUUCGUAAGUCGUCAAGAGGUCAAUUGUGUCUUGUGUUUCUUGUUUCCUAGGGAUUACCGAAAGAAAUAGUUAAGAAUGCGGUAGAGCGCGGCGACUUUAGGGAAGUGUAGACUUUUGUUUUUCCUCCAAGUGAUUACUUUGACUACCAAGAAACAAUGUUUUAUAAUGAUUUCAUAAAAAAUCGGGUGUACGUUUUUUUUAAAGGUAUAUUUUGUAACAAAAUAAUGCAAUUGCCAGGCGCGCUAUUACUGAGCCAUGUCAAAUCUAUUGAAUUAUUUCUCUUAAAGUAUCUCCGUAAAUGCCUUUGUCUGUUGGGGGGAGGGAGGAGGGGAGGGUAACUUUACAGACACAAAAAUAGCCCUGAUCUCUCCCAAUCCUUUUGUUCCUAAUGAGAAAGAAUGCUCUAAGUAUUGAAAAAGCCCGCCCUGCCCAAGGAUUGGCCAGCGGAAAUCCCGGCCCGCUGCCCUUCCCCCUCCCUUCCCGAAGACGAUUACGCCUCGUAUCUCUGGAACUGCAUCAGCCACUCGGAGAAGAAAGAGGCGGAUAAAGGGAGGUGGGACAGGAACCAUAACCCAAUAGUGUCCGUAUGUUCUCAGACGUAAGAACUAAACGGAAAAUAUCCCGUACCAGGACGAAGUUGCACGGAGAGGUGGGCGUUUGGCACGAGUUUGUUAACAAAAAUGUGGAAAACGUUGCUACUUUAUCCACCCAAAAAUAAAAAAUAAGCUGAAAUAAGAA